GGGAGCCCAACUUUAGUCUCAAUUUCCCUUUCUGAUUGACCAAUUCUUCUUAUUCUUCUUCUUCACCCCUCACCAUGAAGAGUGGGAAGUUAUUGAUAGUGCUUGUUGUGGGAGUAAUUGUGGGUCCCACGUCCGGGAAGAAAGGCUGGACCGGUCACGACCACGGUCUCAAACUCCAUUCGACCCAGCAUCACGAGGCCAGCUCGAAAUUAAGCGAGGCCUACGUGAAGUUCCACCGGUUAGGAGAUGGACAAAGUAAAGGACAGCGGAGACAGGGCGGACUUUUGGCCUCCCUUUUCAACAAGGACCAACAGCAACAGGGCGACCAGGGAGGAAUGAUGCAGAUAAUGGGCGGCGGUGACAUGGGCGGUGGUGGCUGGGGUGGCAUGGCAGCGACCCAGACGCUCAUUCCCGUCCAGAUGAUGAUGGGAGGAGGUGGGGACGGAUGGGGGGGAUCUUCCAAUGGGGGUGGUGGUGGUGGGUCUUCCAUGAUGAGUGGUGGAGGAGGUGGGGACGGAUGGGGCAUGGAAUCUCAGCCAAUGAUGAUGAUGACCAGCUCGAGCGGGUGGAGCAGUGGGGGUAUGAUGCCGAGUAGUGGGGGCAUGAUGAUGGGGGUGGUUGGGGAAAUAGUGGUGGGGUCAUGAUGGCCGCAAAACCGACGGGGUGGGCGUCCGCCGGUGGAAUGGGUGGUGGUGGGACGAAUGGUGCAAUUGUUAUGAUGCAAACGCAACCUCAGACAGGUUGGGCGACCGGAAGUUUCGCCAAGUUUCGACCCGGAGCGUCAACUCAGCAGAAUAAUAAGGGAUUCCAGUUCCAACUUCCGCACGGAAAACCAGCCAUCCUGCACAAACUCAAGCCGAUUAUCGACCUUCCCAAAAAAGGUGGGUGGGGUUGGUAGAGAAGAAGACCUUGAAAAGAAAGAGCUUUCAGACUAAAGAGAAUUAUUUAUUGCUUAUUAUGUUUUUUGUUUGUUAAUUUAUGAUAAGCCGAAUGUACAUGAUUGAUAAGAAGAUGUCGAAAUAAAGUUGAUAAAAUUGUGGAAAAGGA